UUGCCAGUCGGCUAACGUCGGAGUGUUAGUAGGCUAUCAGUACUAGCAAUAGCACACAUGAAUUGCUUGGCGUUUUAAAAAACAAACAAACUACGUAACAUGUAGCUAGCUGUUUUUCACUUAAAAUGACUGAAACGGCGACUUCAACACGGAGAGGAUUUCUGGACUUCAGUCCAGUGAAGAGAGACGACGCUAACAAGGAGAAUGAUGUUCCGGUUUUGAGUUUGAUCCAGUUCUCAAAGGCUCCUUUUGUCACAUUUGGAACCGUAAAGUUGGGAACCUCCAAGUCGGCUGUUUUGCGAAUUGAGAACCCAACGGAGGAUGCAGAAGCGGAGGUUACCGUGGAAAAGAUCCCCUCAAGUAAAGGCUUUUCUGUGGACCACAACACGUUCACGAUUCAGCCUGAGGGCUCUUUCAGUUUGACAGUAACCUGGACUCCAACAGAAGAAGCUGGAAUCAGAGAGCUCCUCAUCUUCAAUGCCAAUGGGGUCCUCAAACACCAGGCUGUUCUGCUGGGGAGAGCAGAAGCACCAAAGAAGAAAAAGAAAAGCUUAUGGGACACAAUCAAAAACAAAAGGGAGAGUGAAAAAAUUGCUGGUCCAAGGGGAAAGAAAAUGGAGCCCCCCCUGAAGAUGGCGGCCAAUAAAACCUUCCAAGUGUCACGAAAGCCGCAGUACAAACGUGACAAACCACGCAGUCCAUUUGCUUCACUCAAUGAGGGCAAAUCUGUCAGAGAGAGGUCCCUCACGAAGCAGAGUCCCAUUGAAGACCACCCUCGGAAAUCAGAGGAGCACAAGGCUUUAAAUCCCAAACAGAGGCAACAGUCUCUGGCCUUGUCAGACCAGGAGAAUGUGCAUCAUGUUCAGAGGAACUCUCCCGUCGUCCUACUUGUCCCGGCCCUAAAGCUGAUGGACUCUGGCAGCACGUCUGCUAGCCCGAAUGCCUUGGAGAGUAAACCUGUAAACAAAGAUCUCACCAAAAUACUUAACAGGACACUUUCACCUAUCGGAACACCAGAGAGGCUUAAGAAGCUCAUGCCUUGUAUUCAGUCAGACAGCCCAGUUCCUGCCACUGUUAAGUCUGUGGCUGAUCAUGAUGAUGCUAACAGAGAGUUAACUGGAAGCCCAGUUCUAUCUUUGAAAGAUGCACUGGCCCUCAUUGACUCUGACCUGAGCCACAUCAACACCAGUCCUCGAGACACUAGUUCUAGCUGUGACUUUUCAGAUUCACUGGAAUCCAAAAGUGGGAGUCAUGACUGCGGAGCUGACAGAGACGUCCUCAAAGCAUUGCCUGAGAGCCCAGAACUGUCAGAGUCAAAUGAGCCAAGAUUGACGUUCUUUGUCAGCAAAAAGGUUGUUGAUUUCGAGCCACAGGCCGAUAAGGCAACAGAAGGGGUAAAAAAGGCUUCUUUUACCUCUGCCACAGUGACCAAGUGCAAAGCACCAGUGGAGGAAAACAAUCUGAGUGGAAGGAAAAUAAGAAAGUCCAGGCGAAGGCUCUUGGAGAAAACACUCGAACUGUCUGACAGCAGCAGUCAGAGUGAGUCGGGACCAAACACUCCAAAACUUCCUGUUAUACACCCAGACACAGGAACUAAGGGAUGGCAAAACUCUGAGGUGACCAGCCGUCCGUGUGAUGACACACAUCAAGUCCUGGAGUUUACCUUUUCCAGCCCUACUCCACGGCCUUGCAGCUCAGCUGCACCCGUCAUCUUCCCUGUCACCUCUGUUCCAUCUAUGGCUCCUACUCGCUUCUCUUUCUCAGUUACCUCACCGCCUCCUGCAGUCCCUGCUUCUAUUUCUUUUACUGUCACCUCUCCAUCACCCUCAGGCUCUUCCUCUCCUCUUCACUGCAACCUCUCAUCAAACCCUAGAGCGUAUGAGCAGUCUCCUACUGUUUCUGCAGCUCCCGCCGUUCAGGAAGAGUCAUUUCCCAUUCACAUGGCAGUGAAGAGCAAGAAGAGGAAGAGUGAAGAGUAUUUGAAAAGUGAUGCAAAGCUAGAGGAUGCUGGGAAAACUGACCGGCUCAAAAGGAGCAAGGUGGUGGCUACAAAAACUGAGUCUGCAAAAUCAGUGCAGGAGAGGAGAAGUGCAUCACAGAGGCAACAGCAGAGAACGUCAGGCUCAGUGCGCUCAAUGACUACAUCAUCUCUGAAGAGCACAAGGUCUGCUGUUCCUGACCAGGCAAAGCAACGAAGCUCCAAACUCACCUCACGAGGCGCUCCAUCUCUGAAGUCAUACGGUGCUUCAUCUGUGAAGAUGGCAAAAGUUGUUGCAGUAGCUCAGUCAAAGCUGACCUUUAUAAAGCCGACGCAAACAGCCAUACCUAGGCACCCGAUGCCGUUUGCCGCCAAGAACAUGUUCUAUGACGAGAGGUGGAUUGAGAAGCAGGAGAGGGGAUUCACAUGGUGGAUCAACUACGUCCUCACCCCAGAUGACUUUAAAGUCAAUACUGAAGUUGCUAAAGUGAGUGCUGCGUCUCUUGCGAUGGUCAACGAUGACAACUUCAGUGUGCCUAAAGCUCCCACCAAAGAGGAGAUGUCGUUCAGCACCUACACAGCCAGACGGAAGCUGAACCGCCUCCGUCGUUCAGCCUGCCAGCUAUUCACAUCUGAGGCCAUGGUCAAGGCUAUUCAGAGGCUCGAACUGGAGGUGGAGGCCAGGCGGUUGCUCGUCCGAAAAGACCGCCAUCUUUGGAAGGACAUAGGUGAACGCAGAAAAGUUCUCAACUGGCUUCUUUCGUACAAUCCACUGUGGUUACGGAUAGGGCUUGAGACAAUCUACGGGGAGUUGAUCUCCCUUGAGAGCAACAGCGAUGCCUUGGGUCUGGCUAUGUUCAUCCUCCAGCGGCUGCUGUGGAACCCAGACAUAGCUGCUGUAUUCAGACACCCCAAAGUUCCUCACCUUUACAAAGAUGGCCACGAGGAGGCGCUGUCUCGCUUUACGCUGAAGAAACUGCUCCUGCUGGUGUGUUUCCUGGAUAAGGCCAAAGAGUCCCGGCUGAUUGAGCACGACCCUUGUCUGUUCUGCAUCGACGCAGAGUUCAAGACAAGUAAAGACCUGCUCCUGGCCUUCUCCAGAGACUUCCUGAGCGGGGAGGGAAUCCUCCCCCGGCACCUCAGCUACCUCGGGUUACCCGUCUCCCACGUUCAGACGCCCCUGGAUGAGUUCAACUUCGCUGUGAAGAAUUUGGCAGUUGACUUGAAAUGCGGCAUUCGUCUAGUGCGUGUGAUGGAGCUUCUCAUCCAGGAUUGGAGUUUGUCGGCGAAGCUCCGUCUGCCAGCCAUCAGCCGCCUGCAGAAGGUUCACAACGUCGACAUCGCUCUGCAAGUACUCAAAAGCAAAGGGAUCGACCUCAAGGAUGAACACGGCUCCACCAUUGAUUCCAGAGAUAUUGUGGAUGGACACAGAGAGAAGACAUUGAGCCUCUUGUGGAAAAUCAUCUUCGCUUUUCAUGUGGAGGUGAUUUUGGAUGAGGAUCAGCUGAGAGAGGAGAUUGGCUUCCUGAAGAGAACCUUGAGCACCAAACGAAGGCUGGUGUCUCUGAGGGCUGAUCGGGGCCUUCAGCCCAGUCCUGCAAAGACCAGGGUGCCGUACGAGCACUGCAGCACUAAGAUUACCCUGCUGAUGGACUGGAUUCGCACUGUGUGUGACUUCUACAAUCUGAAGGUGGAGAACUUCACUGUGACGUUCUCAGAUGGCCGCAUCCUCUGCCACCUUAUCCACCACUACCACCCCUGUCUCCUGCCAGAGGAGGCUAUCAGUCACAGCACCACACAGACUGUCGAGUGCUCACCGAGGGGCCGCCUGGAGCUCAGCGGCUCAGCAAGCGACUCUGACAGCUCCUUUGACUCCUUGCCGACAGGCCUGCACGGUCCUAAUUCUCCAUCAGUAGAAUUUAAAGAGCUACUGGAAAACGAGAAAAACAACUUCAGGCUGGUCAACGCUGCUGUGGCUUUCCUGGGUGGAGUUCCUGCCAUGAUCAACCCAGCUGACAUGUCCAACACCAUCCCCAAUGAAAAGGUUGUGAUGUCUUACCUGACCUUCUUAUGUGCUCGUCUGCUGGACCUGCGGAACGAAACCAGAGCAGCUCGGGUCAUACAGGGCGCCUGGAGGAAAUACAGACUAAAGAAAGAUCUGCAGCUCUUCAAGGAAAGAAACCUUGCUGCUGUGAAAAUCCAGUUAGUUGUGAGGAGUUUUCUCCAGAAGCGCCGAGCAAAGAGGCAGAAUCAAGCCGCUGUUAUCAUCCAGUCAGUCUGGAGGGGCUAUGCUGCCCGCAACAGGUUGAGGCUGAAGAAAGAGGCUCAACUUCGGGCUCUGCAGCAUGAAGCAGCUACUGUCAUCCAGGCUCAGUGGAGGAUGUUUUCAGCUAUGAGGGCUUACCAACGCCUCCGAUACUACACCAUUGUUGUCCAAGCACAAUGGCGAAUGAGGAGGGCAGCCUCUGCUUACAAAAGAAUUUACUGUGCGGCCACCGUCCUUCAGAGACACUCACGAGCAUGGGCUCUUGCAAGAAGAGAUCGGGAAUGUUAUCUGGCUCUUAGAACGGCAGUGGUGAAAUUACAGAGAGCGUACAGAAGAUGGAAAGCCCAGAAAACUGAAAAGGAAAACUGUGCUGCCAAAGUGAUACAAACCAUGUUUAAGAAAUGGUACAAGGAAAAAAUGGCCAAAAGAACCGCUGCUGCUGUAAGGAUUCAGUCUUGGUACAGGAUGCAGAGGUGCCUCCGUCAAUACAGAAAGGUCAGAAGAAGCACUGUGCUCAUUCAGACUCGGUACAGAGGUCAUGCACAGAGGCGCUGGUUUAAGAUGCUGAAGCUACAGCACCACUCGGCUGUUGCCAUCCAGAGUGCCUUCAGAGGGUAUGCUGUCAGAAAACAGUUGGCAAAAAUGAGACAUGCUACAGUCAUAAUUCAGCGCUGGUUCAGAGCCACUGUGAAAAGAGACAUGGAGAGGAAAAUGUUUGUGAGGCUGAGAUAUGCUGCUGUUACCAUACAGGCAGCUUAUCGUGGAAAAGUGGCUCGGGAGUUGCUGAAGAAACAGCACGGAGCAGCAACGGUGAUCCAAGCGGCUUUUAGGAAGUAUGCUGCCCAAAGGCGCUACCUGGUCUUGAGAAAUGCUGUAGCUGUUAUACAGCAAAAAUACAGAGCCACAAUGUUGGCACGCAAGACAGCGAAGGAUUUUGAGGCCCUUAAAAAUGCUGCACUCAUUAUACAAGCUAACUGGAGAGGCAGAGCUGACAGGAAGAGGAUAGAAAAGAGGCAUCGGUGUGCAACUAUGAUACAGGCUUACUACCGUCGGCACAAAGCGCAGGCAGACUACAGAUCAAAGAAGGCAGCAGCUGUAGUCAUACAGCGUCACUACAGAGCUUAUGUGGCUGGAAAGGAGAUGAGAGCCACAUACCUGUACAAGAGAACAGCUUGUGUUACUCUUCAAGCUGCGUUCAGAGGCAUGAGAGUUAGGACAGAUCUCAAGAAAAAGCACCAGGCAGCGACUGUCAUUCAGUCUUCAGUCAGGAUGUUUUUAUGUAGGAAACGAUAUCUUCUCCUUCAGAGUGCAGCAAUUAUCAUCCAGAGUCGAUACAGAGCUCUUCUUCUCUGCAGAACACAGCAACAUGAGUACAGAGAGCUAAGGCAGGCCGCCCUGAAGAUACAAGUUGUCUACCGUGGAUUUAGAGCAAGAGAAGAACUGAGGAAGAGGCACAAUGCUGCCAGAGCAAUCCAAGCUCAGUUCAGGAUGCACAGAAUGCGUAUGGCUUACCUUGCCACCAAGUGCGCGGCCAUCAUUAUUCAGGAUCGCUACAGAGCCAAAAUGCUCAGGGAUCAACAGGUACAAAAGUACAAAACAAUGAAAUCAGCGGCUGUAGUCAUCCAGGCAGCAUAUCGUGGCCACAUGGCCAGGAGGAAAGUUGCAGAAAUGCAUCGAGCUGCUACAGUCAUUCAGAGAAAGUUCCUCACUCUCCGAGAUAGGAACCGGUUUCUAGCUAUCAAGGCGGCAGCUUUGGUUUGUCAGCAGAGAUACAGAGCAGCGGCCCUGGCAAGAAAACACCGUCUGGACUAUCUGUCAAAGCGCGGAGCGGUCAUUUGUCUGCAGGCAGCCUACAGAGGAUAUGAGGUCAGAAAGCAGCUGCGCAUCCAGCACACAGCAGCUGUAACAAUUCAGUCUCACUUCCGUAAGCACCAGCAAAGAAUCUACUACAAGAGGCUGUGCUGGGCUGCCAGUGUAUUGCAAACACAUUACAGAGCAAUUAAAGAAAUGAGAAAGGAGAUGCAUGCCCUGAGUGCCAAGAGAAAUGCUGCUGUUGUCUUACAAGCUGCCUUCCGUGGGAUGAAAUGCAGACAAAUUAUCAAACAAAUGCAUCAGGCUGCCAGUGUUAUCCAGAGAGCUUACAGAGCCCACUGUGAGCGCCGGCAGUAUCUUACUUUGAAAUCCUCCAUCCUCACCGUUCAGCGGAGGUAUCGGGCCACUGUAGCAGCAAAGGAGCAAAGGCAGCGAUACCAGAAAAUGCUCAAAGCUGCUGUUGUCCUUCAGGCAGCAUACAGAGGACGGCAGGUCAGGAAAGAGAUUGCUCAUUGGCAUCGGGCCGCCACUGUGAUUCAGUCUGUGUUCAGAAAGCACAGAGAGGAAGUCAAAUUUCAGGCCAUGCGACUGUCCGCCAUUAUCAUCCAGAGACACUAUCGGGCCUGUGUUCUUCAGAGGCGAGACAGAGAAGACUUCCUGAAAACGAGACGUUCUGCUGUUGUUCUUCAGGCAGCUUUCAGAGGUCAUCGUGUGCGAAACAACAUUGCCAAGAUGCAGAGGGCAGCUGCUGUCAUUCAAGCAAACUUCAGGAGACAUAAACAGCAGUCAGCUUUCAGGAGACAACGCUGGGCUGCCUGUGUCUUACAGCAGAGGUUUAGAGCUCGGAGACAGAGAAACCUUCAGAUGAAAGAUUAUCAGCACUGUAGAAAAGCAGCCAUUGUUUUGCAGGCUGCAUAUCGUGGAAUGAAAUCAAGGAGGAACAUCAAACAAUGUCACUAUGCUGCCAGUGUUAUCCAGAGAGCUUACAGAACACAUUGUGAGCACAAGCAGUAUCUGAGCUUAAAAUCCUCUGUCCUCACUAUUCAGCGGAGGUAUCGGGCCACUGUAGCAGCAAAGGUGCAAAGGCAGCGAUACCAGAAAAUGCUCAAAGCUGCUGUUGUCCUUCAGGCAGCAUACAGAGGAUGGCAGUUCAGGAAAGAGAUUGCUCAUUGGCAUCGGGCCGCCACUGUGAUUCAGUCUGUGUUCAGAAAGCACAGAGAGGAAGUCAAAUUCCAAGCCCUGCGGCUGUCCGCCAUUAUCAUCCAGAGACACUAUCGGGCCUGUGUUCUUCAAAGAAAAGAGAGGGACAGCUUCCUGAAGAUGAGAUGUUCUGCUGUUGUUCUUCAGGCGGCUUUCAGAGGUCAUCGUGUGCGAAACAACAUUGCCAGAAUGCAGAGGGCAGCUGCUGUCAUUCAAGCAAACUUCAGGAGACAUAAACAGCAGUCAGCUUUCAGGAGACAGCGCUGGGCUGCCUGUGUCUUACAGCAGAGGUUUAGAGCUCGGAGACAGAGAAACCUUGAGAUAAAACAUUAUCAAAACUGCCGAAAAGCAGCCAUUGUGUUACAGGCUGCAUAUCGUGGAAUGAAAUCCAGGCAGAUCAUCAGAAGGAGUCACCAUGCUGCCAGUGUUAUCCAGAGAGCUUACAAAGCACACUGUGAAAGAAGGCAGUAUCUUAUCCUAAAAUCCUCCGUCCUCGCUAUUCAGCGGAGGUAUCGGGCCACUGUAGCAGCAAAGGAACAAAUGCAAAAAUACCAGAAAGUGCGCAGAGCUGCUGUUGUCCUUCAGGCAGCAUACAGAGGCCGACAGGUCAGGAAAGAGAUAACUCACUGGCAUCGGGCCGCCACUGUGAUUCAGUCUGUGUUCAGAAAGCACAGAGAGGAAGUCAAAUUCCAAGCCCUGCGGCUGUCCGCCAUUAUCAUCCAGAGACACUAUCAGGCCUGUGUUCUUCAAAGAAAAGAGAGGGAAAGCUUCCUGAAGAUGAGAUGUUCUGCUGUUGUUCUUCAGGCGGCUUUCAGAGGUCAUCGUGUGCGAAACAACAUUGCCAGGAUGCAGAGGGCAGCUGCUGUCAUUCAAGCAAACUUCAGGAGGCAUAAACAGCAGUCAGCUUUCAGGAGACAGCGCUGGGCUGCCUGUGUCUUACAGCAGAGGUUUAGAGCUCGGAGACAGAGAAACCUUGAGAUGAAACGUUAUCAAGAAGUUAGAAAAGCUGUCAUUAAUCUACAAGCAGCCUUCCGUGGAAUGAUAUCCAGGAGAAUCAUCAAACAAAGGCAUCGGGCUGUCAGUGUUAUCCAGAGAGCUUACAGAGCCCACUGUGAACGAAGGCAGUAUAUGAAAUUAAAAUUGUCCGUCCUUGCCAUUCAACGAAAGUAUCGUGCAACUGUAGCAGCCAAAGCCCAAAGAACACAGUACCUGGAAAUGCGCAGAGCAGCUGUCAUCCUUCAGGCAGCACAAAGAGGCAAGGAGGUGAGAAAGGAGGUUGCUCGUUGGCAUCAGGCUGCUACUGUGAUUCAGUCUGUAUUCAGAAAGCACAGAGAGGAAGUCAAAUUCCAGGCCAUGCGUCUGUCCGCCAUUAUCAUCCAGAGAUAUUAUCGGGCCUGUGUUCUCCAAAGACAAGAAAGAGAAAAGUUUCUGAAAAUGAAACAAUCCACCAUCCUCCUUCAGGCAGCAUUUAGAGGGCGGCACGUCAGGAGGGAAAUUAGCCGACAAAAUCAAAUGGCCAUAGUGAUCCAGUCGUGGUGGAGAUGCUCUGUGCAGAGGCGUAUCUUCCAGAUGAAGAGAGAGGCAGCUGUGACACUUCAGCUGAGAAUUCGGGCAGUGCAGCUUGGCAGAGUGGAGAGGAACAACUACAAACGAAUGAGGCAAGCUGCCAUCACACUUCAGAGACACUGCCGAGCCUGGAUUGCAAGACGACAGGUACUAGAGGCAGCCAAGGCAGAGAGGAGGCUCCGUUUUACGUCGACAGUCUUCCAUCAUCUCAGCGCCAUAAAGAUCCAACGGGCUCUGAGAGCCCACUGGGCUUUGGAGUCGGCUAAAAGACAGAUCCAUUCUGUCAUCACCAUACAGCGCUGGGUGAGAGCGAGGCAGCAGAGGAGACAGUAUCUGGACGACAGGAGGAAGGUGGUUAUAGCCCAGCGAGCAAUCAGGUGCUGGUUAGCACGUCGCCAUAAAGCUGCAUCGGUCAUCCAGCAGGCCGUCAGAAAAUUCCUCCUUCUCAGGCGCCAGAGGAGAGUUCAACAGGGCAUUGUCAAAGCUCAGGCUCUGUGGAGAGGACACCGCUCCCGCCGACUGAAUGACAAUCCCAAGUUGGUGAAGUUGAGGCAUCGCUUACGCCAAGUCUCUGCCAGCGUCCGAGAGGAGGACAAACUGUGCAACAAGACGUCGUCUGCACUGGACUACCUCCUUCGAUACAAGCACUUCUCCUACAUUCUAGAGGCCCUGAAAAAUCUGGAGACCGCCACCAGGCUCUCCCCAGAGUGCUGUGAGCGGCUGGUAGAGAGCGGAGCCACCAACACCAUCUUCACACUCAUCCGCUGCUGCAACAGGAGCGUCCCCUGCAUGGACGUCAUCACCUUCUCCAUCCAGAUCCUCCUCAACCUCUCGAAGUACCAUAAGACCAUCCAGGCGGUGUAUUCGGUGGAAAACUCUGUGGAGACGCUGCUGGACCUGCUGCAGAGAUACCGGGAGAAGGCAGGGGACAAGGUGGCAGAAAAGGGCGGCAGCAUCUUCACCAAGGCCUGCUUUCUUCUCGCCCUCCUGCUGCAGGACAAGCACCGUGCUGUGGAGGUUAUGAAGCUGCCCAAGGUUUUGGAAAGGAUACGCAGUAUUUACCGCCUCACUGCUCGUAAACACAAGAUGGACGCUGAAAGAACUGUUAUCAAACAGAAGAUGAACGCGUCAAUCAACGGGAGCUUCUUUGUUCAAGCAACACCUCGUAAAUCCCGACCUGCGCCAAAGUUUGCACCAGAUUGGGUUCUCAGAAAGGACAAGCUCAAAGACAUUGUGGACCCUCUCAGGGCCAUUCAAAUGGUCGCAGACACACUGUCCAUUGUGUUGUAAAUAGACAAGCUUUUAAAUCUUGAUUGAUCAUCAUUUUAUUUCCCCCCUUUGAGAAAAUAUUGUUUUAUGUUUUUUUUAACAGUACAUUUCCAUGUGUUCCAUGUAUAUAUUAAAAUGGAUUUGUUUCACAGCA